AUGCCAAUGGCACUGGUAACCAGCCCUGGGGACAUCCAGGCGGGCUGGCAGUGCCAAUACUCACCUCGCUCUGUGCCGCAGCUCCUCUCCUCCCUUCUCUUUGCUCAGGUUCCCUGGGACAGCAGCAGCAGCAGCAGCAGCAGCAGCAGCCAGUUUGCAGAGCCUGUGUCUCCGCCUCACCCAGAGCCCUUUGAAGCAGAACCCAUCCCUCCUGUGCCCAGCUGCUGCCCACCCUGGCAGUUUUCCAGCUGCCUGUCCUGUGAGGAAAGCCCUGGAUACCUGGAGCAGCUGAUAGAUUCCUGCCUGCAGUCAGAUGCAGCCUCUGAGGCAGCCUUCAGUGCCUUCCAGCCAUCCCCACACUACACCCCAGACACCUUCCAGCCAGUCCAGCUCUGCUUCAACCAGGGCCUG